AUGUCCCAUAUCCACACGUCAUUAAGCUCCCACUAUGGGUCAACAACGGAGACAGCUUCUCCCCCACAGUACCAAGUCCAUGACAUUGAAGCCCACGAAAUUGCCCCCUCAGCAUCCACCCUCAAUCGAGAAGAUAAACCAAUCGUCAUUCCUCAAUCAACCAACCUCUUUUUCAUAAAAUCAUUCUCCCCCUUCACCCGCUGCUACCCACCUUCUCUCUCUACGCUUAGCAAUCCAAUCACAGAAUCAGAAUUCCUCGGUUUCAUCGACCGCCUAAACCAUGUUUUUAUCUCUCUCCCCAUCUUCCAACUAGCGCACAUAACAGGGGGUGCUCUGAUGUCUGUGCAAGGCGUCCUCCCUGUACAAGCGGUAGGCGGCGUCUUACAAGUGACAUCCGUCCUAGCAUCAGCGGGAGUAUCAUUUGUCCGCGUGCGGAAAUUCAUGAAAUCUACCAAUGAGGAAAUAUUUACCCCUAGGGGUUUGGUGUGUAGAAUCAUGACUACUAAAAAGAUGAUGGCGGCAAUAAACUUCUCCGAAGCGGAUGUUAAAGGAAACCUCAAGCUCCCACCUCUCGAAACAGUUCAUGAUCUUGGUUCCCACCAUCGACAUAGCCUCCCAGCAUCCAUUCAGUCUGGCGAAGGCCAAGCAGCUAAAGAUCCUCUUAAAAUCGGGUUAGGGCUCGAAGAUCCCCGCCUUCUCCGUCUCAAAGCACUAGAAGGGUACAUCGCACCCCUCACUUUUGACGUCCCUGCACCCCCUCCAGAGAGUUGGAUGUCAAAGAUGAGCCAGAAACCUUUACGAUGGGCGAACGAGAGGCAGAUGAAAGCACUUGAAAAGACGCAAGCAAAAUGCCACAAAAAGCGCGAUUCUAAAGCCUCCGCCGUUUCAGCCGCUACGCUUCCUUCCGACAACGCGAUUUUUGAAAUCGACAGGCAGAUAGAAAUAUUGCACAAUGGCCAGGAAAGUUUCAUUCAGGGAUCGAGACAUAAGAGUGAAGAGUUGGAAAAGUUGGAAGCGGCGAAGAGAGAAGAGGAAGCAAAUAAGGAGAAGAAAGUUAGGGAAAUUUAUAAGGGGUCAGAUAAGAAGAUGGAGAAGGUUUACAAGAAAGAGGAGAAAGUGGCGAAUAGGAUACUUUGGAUUGUUGUCACAAAAGCGGAUAGCACACCCGUAGAAGAGGAAAGCCUGUUUAGGGUAGAUAGUAGGACGACCACUCUAGGCGGAAGGGAAUAG